GUUUCCGCAAGCCGUGGAUGCCUUUGACAUUAUGACCGCAGAGGAUUCCACCGCAGCCAUGAGCAGCGACUCGGGCGCUGCGUCCUCGGCGAAGGUGCCGGAGGGCGUGGCGGGCGCGCCCAACGAGGCGGCGCUGCUGGCACUGCUGGAGCGCACAGGCUACAGCAUGGUGCAGGAGAACGGGCAGCGCAAAUACGGCGGCCCGCCCCCCGGCUGGGAGGGCCCGCACCCACAGCGCGGCUGCGAGGUCUUUGUGGGCAAGAUCCCGCGCGACGUGUACGAGGACGAGCUGGUGCCCGUGUUCGAGACCGUGGGCCGCAUCUACGAGCUGCGCCUCAUGAUGGACUUCGACGGCAAGAACCGCGGCUAUGCCUUCGUCAUGUAUUGCCACAAGAACGAGGCCAAGCGCGCUGUGCGCGAGCUCAACAACUACGAGAUCCGCCCGGGACGCCUGCUUGGUGUGUGCUGCAGCGUGGACAACUGCCGCCUCUUCAUCGGAGGCAUCCCCAAGAUGAAGAAGCGCGAGGAGAUCCUGGAGGAAAUCUCCAAGGUCACGGAGGGCGUGCUCGACGUGAUCGUCUACGCCAGCGCGGCCGACAAGAUGAAGAACCGCGGCUUUGCCUUCGUGGAGUAUGAGAGCCACCGCGCCGCCGCCAUGGCGCGCCGCAAGCUCAUGCCUGGCCGCAUCCAGUUGUGGGGCCACCAGAUCGCCGUGGACUGGGCCGAGCCCGAGAUCGACGUGGAUGAGGAUGUGAUGGAGACCGUGAAGAUCCUGUACGUGCGGAACCUCAUGAUCGAGACCACCGAGGACACCAUCAAGAAGAUCUUCGGCCAGUUCAACCCGGGCUGCGUGGAGCGUGUCAAGAAGAUCCGCGACUACGCCUUCGUGCACUUUGCCAGCCGCGAGGACGCCGUGCAUGCCAUGAACAACCUCAAUGGCACUGAGCUGGAGGGCUCAUGCCUCGAGGUGACGCUGGCCAAGCCCGUGGACAAGGAGCAGUACUCCCGCUACCAGAAGGCGGCCAAGGGUGGCGGCACAGCCGAGGUGGCAACGGUGCAGCAGCCCAGCUACGUGUACUCUUGCGACCCCUACACGCUGGCUUACUACGGCUACCCCUACAACGCGCUCAUCGGGCCCAACAGGGACUACUUCGUGAAAGCAGGCAGCAUAAGAGGCCGGGGUCGAGGUGCAGCUGGCAACAGAGCCCCGGGGCCCAGGGGUUCCUACCUCGGGGGAUAUUCUGCUGGCCGUGGUAUAUAUAGCCGAUAUCAUGAAGGGAAAGGAAAGCAGCAAGAAAAAGGAUAUGAACUUGUACCGAAUUUGGAAAUCUCUACUGUCAAUCCAGUUGCCAUUAAACCUGGUACAGUGGCCAUCCCUGCCAUUGGGGCCCAGUAUUCCAUGUUUCAGGCAGCGCCAGCUCCUAAAAUGAUAGAAGAUGGCAAAAUCCACGCAAUGGAGCACAUGAUUAGCCCCAUCGCUGUGCAGACAGACCCGGCCAGUGCUGCCGCCGCUGCCGCCGCCGCUGCCGCCGUCAUUCCCACUGUGUCAACGCCACCACCUUUCCAGGGCCGCCCAAUAACUCCAGUAUACACGAUGGCUCCAAACGUUCAGAGAAUUCCCACUGCCGGGAUCUACGGGGCCAGUUACGUUCCAUUUGCUGCUCCGGCCACAGCCACGAUCACCACACUACAGAAGAACGCGGCCGCCGUUUAUGGAGGAUACGCAGGCUAUAUACCUCAGGCCUUCCCUGCUGCUGCUAUUCAGGUUCCCAUUCAUGACGUCUACCAGACAUACUGAUUCUGAUGACCAGAGCGGAGACAAACCACAAAACUACUACUGAAGGAACACUUUACUAUUUAUGAAGAAACAACGUGUUGUAUUAGCACACAUAUGAAACCUGAAAGUGAAGAAUGUAAUCAAAUAUCAUACUGAAAUAUUUUAUACACAUGAAGUUUCCAUUAGUUUUUUAAGACUAUUUUCAGUUUUGCAGGCUGGUGUUCAUACAUUUCUAAGAGACUUACAAAGGUUCGUACCUUAAUACCAUCUCUUAAAAAUUUGUAUGCUGUAGUACGUUUGUAUAGAGGUUUUUGUUUUUGUAUUUUUAAGGAUAUAUUUUCAGUAUGAAGGUUAUUUUCUUAACUUCUGCACUCCAGAGAUUUCUAUUUUGUAGUACCUUCAAUAAUAUAUCAACUAUAUAUUAAAAAGCACACUUGAGCAGCUAGGGAACUAUUUUGAAAAAUAUAUUCAAUAUUUAAACAAACAAUAGUGCUUUAAAAAUACUACAUAAAACAUUAUUUUAAAAAUUAUACUGGAAAGUGCAAUUUUAAAAUUUCUGCUGGCAUUAAGGGUUGACGGUGUUACCGUGUGUUAUCCACGAUGGUUCUAUUUUUUUUAAAGAAAUUAAACACUCGAUCUCUCCUUAAGCCAACAUUGAAAAGACUUGUCACACUUCUGAGUCCAAACACUGGAAAGCUCUCACCUGCCACCAUUACCCUGGGCCCCUGCUCUCUACGUGUCUUUGCUCUUAAACACAUUGCCUCCUUCCUCCC